UUUUGCCCUUCUAUAAGGCCCAUGGGCCCCAAUCUAGGAGCAGACAGCAUGAUGAUCACCUGGAGCCCCAAGCUGGGCCUGCUGGGCCUCAGCCUGCUCUGCACCCUCUGGCCCCUUGUUCAGUGUCUGUCCUGUGAGGUGUGUAAGGACUCAGGACCCUCCUGCACUGGGAAAUUGAAGCUCUGUGAGGCCAAGAAGGAUGCCUGUGUGACUGUUGUGGGGCUGUCCACCACAGGGGGCAAAGAGUCCCUGGAUACCUCCAAAAGCUGCAUGAAGUUCAAGGACUGUUACUCUGGGUUCAUCUCCAUCACUCUGGGACCUGAAGAUCAUAUGGUGUCCAACUCCUACUGCUGCCAGGGGGACGGCUGUAACCGGGGCAGCAUCCGGAUCCCCAAGAACAAUAGCACACUGAACGGACUCCGCUGUCCAUCCUGCAUGGCCGCCUUCCAAGAAACCUGCUCCGGGGACGAGGUGGUUCAGUGCGUGGGACACGAGACACAGUGUAUCUACUUCUCGGGGACUGUACAGACAGGCAUCAUCACUACCAAAUUUGCUACCCGUGGAUGUGCCACUGAGAGCGCCUGCCACGCCCAGGUUGGUACUGAAGUGCCCUCGGUGACUUACACCUACGAACUUCGGAGGGCCGAUUGUGUCCCUGCCCCCAAACCCCCUGGCAGGGUACAGAAAAGAUCCAACAUCGCAGUCCACUGAGCAUUGCCUCUGGAGCCCAUCCCAUACCCUGUCCUCACCACCAAGCUCCUCUUGUCACUAAAUUA